GCAUGAAUUCUAUUGUUUGAAAAUUAAAUAAAAGCAUGUAUUAUGUAUAAUCCAUUACGACAGAUUGAUUGAAAUAAGGACAAUCAUUAUGAUCGUUGAUUGGAAAUGGAAAUUUAGUUUAUUAAAGGUAGUUAAAAAUGAUGCUAAACCAUUAGCGCCAAAGACAAAAUAAACUGAUAAAAGUGAUUUUUAAAGUUAACGUAAGGCAUGGAGAAUCUACAAGAUGGAUGUCGCGUUUUGCUGUUUCUCAUUUCAGCGCAUGUUGCUAGCGCUGGUCAGUGCUGCAAUGCUUACACCGAUUACAAGUUCGAGUACCACGACGCCAAGUGGUGCAGCUCCUACUGCUGCGGCACCUCCUCAAUCGGUGGCAUCUUUACAACAUCCUUGAGGAUCCUCGAAUGUUGUGAUAACUUCCUGUUAACAGCCAGUUCUGAAGACACCUCAGCGAUGUGUCCGGACUUUUUUGCCCAAAAUGUUUGGGUACCCAUCCUGAUCGCAGUUGGCUGCCUGGGAUCUCUGAUCUGUCUGUGUGUAGUGAUAGCAUGUUGUGUCAAGGGUGGCAAUCGGACAGGCGUCGUGGUUCAACCUGCACAACCACAGGCCAAUUUGAUAAUGGUUGCCGGAGGUUACAAUCCUGAAUACCCACAAGGCCAAUAUGGAGCUCAACAGUACCCCCAAGGCGCGUACCCGACCGGGACCAACGCAAACGUCUACCCGCUUGAAGCAGCCUACCCGCCACUCGUGAACGGAGCAGGCAACUAAAGUGCUCAUUUAUCAGAGGUUUGAUAAUGGAAAAAAAUGUACGCAUAGCAUCAUAUCUCUGGUGUACGAGAAUGACCAAAAAGUGCAGAAUCUCCAUUGGGUGCAGAUGAAUCAAUGAUGUUAGCAAUGUUUCUAGUUCCUAUCCAGACACUAUGUUCCAUACUUUUGCAUUAUUUCCUUGUGUGUUCAAUGUUGAAAAUUGUGUGCAUAAAAUGUAGAUGUAUUGCUAUAUUCAUAGAAAGCAUUGGCUUAAAUGCAUACUUUUGUUGAUUUCACAUAAUGCUUGAUUAAUUUGCAAAAAUAAAAGUU